UGUCCGUAAAGCACUACCUUAUAAUAACUCCUCGUCGGUAAAGCACUUUCAUUAUAUAUAUAUAUAUAUAUAUUUGUAUACAUGUGUCUAUCCCCCUCAGCUUCUAGUGGUGAGGAAACAAUGGAAGAGAGUGAUCGAAAGUCCACUAAUUUCGUGUCGAGUUGGGGUUGAAUCAUUAAUAAUUCUAAUAGAAAUGGAAUUAUUUUCUUCUUUAAUAUGAUUGAGGAACAAAAACUUAUUUCCAAUAUCUUUUUAACAUUGUGAAAUAAUUUUGAAACGUUUCUAAAAUUACAAAGACUUUUCUAGCGUUUCUCAAUUUUUUGAGAUAUGAAAAGUUUUGAAAACAUCGAAACUGCUUCGUUUCGAUGUUUACGUGCAUCGAUGAUUGUCUAUAUCAUCAAUUUCUUCAUUGAACUUAAAUAUAUAAUAAUAAAAUUUAAUGGUAUUACAAAAUUAAAGUUCACUAUUAUGGUUAAAAAUUGAAAUUUUAUUUAAAAUUUAAAACAAAUUGAAAGAGUUUUUAAUUUUGGAUAAUUUAUCUUUCAUUUAGUCACAUGUUUAACGGGGAUAUAAAUUGGACAAAAUUGAAAUUGUGUAUAAGAGCCACAAAAACAUAUAUAAGUUUGGAAAAAAUAUCUCUUAAAUAUUACGUAGUUAUUGUUAAACUCGAUUGAAUACAUUAUAAAAUGGGCGGGACAACAAAAAAAUAUAGCCACAAAGGCUAUUUCAUCUCUAAUUUUAAGCUGGUAUGAAAUUAAUUCAAUUAUGAAGUUACGAGUAAUAAUUGGUUCAGUCAGUACACAGUAAUAAAAAAAAAUUAGUAAAAGUUCAACUUAACUCUAUAUUUUAUUGUAUAGAUAAGAUAAUAGAAAAGUUCUUUUCAAUAUCUAAUCUUUAAAUAAUUUAAUAGAAUAGAUUAACUAAUUUCACAUUUUUAAAUAAUUUUAGUCUUCAUUUUUCCAAUCCAAAACUAAAGUCCAGUAUUAUUAAUAAAAAAUUAAAACAAAUUGAAUGAGAUAAAUUUGAAAAAAAUUGAAACUAUGUAUAUUACUUCUAUUUUCCAACCCACAAUUACAUGAAAGCUCCGCCAGACGGUUAUAUAUUUCAGAGAGGGAGAGAGAGAGAGCGAGCGAGAGAGAGAUGUCGAAGGCGAAGCUUACCGGUGAUUCGAUAUGGAGUCAGCUACCAAGUGUGCUUGAGCUGGCUAAGAGGCCGCUGAAUUCCAUCCCAGACAGAUACCUGCAUCCUCAACAAGAUACUCCAAUUCUAUUCAAUUCGUCUUCUUCAAGCUUGCCACAAAUCCCUGUUAUCGACUUGCAGAGCCUUUUUUCUGCAGAUUCCAUGGCUUCCGAGCUCCACAAGCUCCACUCUGCGUGCAAAGAUUGGGGUUUCUUUCAGGUGAUCAAUCAUGGAGUCAGCUCUGAGUUGCUAGAGAAGGUGAGGGUAGAGAUUCAAGGACUAUUUGAACUCCCAUUGGAAGAGAAGCAGAAGUACUGGCGAAAGGAAGGAGGAAGAGAGGGGUUCGGGCAGCUCUUUGUUGUAUCAGAGGAGCAGACGCUUGAUUGGGCAGACGUCUUCACCUUGGUGACCUCUCCAAACUAUUUGAGAAAUCCAGAACUGUUUCCGAUCCUGCCUCCAUCAUUUAGGGAAACUGUAGAACAGUAUUCAGCAGAAAUGAAAAAACUUGCCACGUCGCUGUUUCAGCUGAUGGCGAAGGCACUGAAAAUGGAAAACGGACUGAUGGAGGAGCUAUUUGGGGAGGGAAUCCAGACGAUGGGUAUGAACUACUAUCCGCCAUUCCCCAAACCAGAGCAGGUUGUUGGCCUCUCCUCUCACUCCGACGCCAGCGCCCUCACCGUCCUCUACCAACUCAACCAAGUGGAAGGCCUCCAGAUCAAGAAGAACGGCAUCUGGCUUCCGAUCAGCCCAAUCCGCUACGCAUUCACCAUCAACAUCGGAGACGCCUUGGAGAUUGUUACCAAUGGAACGUACAAGAGCAUCGAGCACAGGGCGGUGAUUAAUGCCGAGAAGGAGAGGCUCUCCAUCGCCACAUUUCAUGGCCCGAACGUGGACGGAGAAUUCGGACCAGCGGCAAGCCUCGUCACUCCUCAAACUCCGGCCCUGUUCCAAAGAGUCUGUGUCAAAGAUUACUACCAGAAAUUUCUCACCAACAAACUCGAUGAGAAAUCGAACAUCGAUCGUUGGAGGAUUAAUCGCAUUCCCGACUGUCGGAAUGAUUGACCCAUGCAUCAUUCUGCGUCUCCAUGUCCGCUUUUGCCGGUUAGUAAAUGGAUGAACCUUAUAAUCGUAA